AUGACCGUUUGCACUUCCGGUAACACUGCACGCACCACCGGGACCGGGACCAGCACCAUCACCACCACGUCAAGUACCGUGCAGGGCAAGAAGAGGUGUCUGGCGUUCUCCGUGGAGAAUAUCCUCGACCCGAACAAGUUCACCGGCGGACGGGUCGUGCACAAUCCUAUACAGCAUCGGCGGCAUCGGCGGGCCGAUAGCGUGCAUGAAGAUGGGGACUCGCGGGGCGAGUUCGCCUGCGGCAGCGGCCAGGAGGACGAGGAGGGUACACCGGACACGGGGAUGGAGGACAUGGACGAGGACCAGGAUGAAGAAGAAGAAGACGAGGACGUCGAGAUGAGGGUGACCGAUCAAGAAUCAACAAAUGCUGAUCGUGAGACUGGCACGUCUAGCGGUCCAGUUCAAUCAUCCAACUGCAAGAAACGACAGUCCUCGUCGUCCUCAUCCUCAUCCGGCAGUGUCCAGGCUCAGGGUUGCCAGAGCCAGAACCAAUCUAGCCAAAACGGUACCAGUGGCAGCGGCGGUAGCACAGGUGGAAAGCCAAGAAGAGCAAGGACAGCGUUCACGUACGAGCAACUGGUCGCUCUAGAGAACAAGUUCAAAACCACUCGAUACUUGUCCGUCUGCGAGCGUCUGAACCUAGCCCUGUCCCUCUCGUUAACCGAGACCCAGGUGAAGAUCUGGUUUCAGAAUCGUCGAACCAAAUGGAAGAAGCAGAAUCCAGGCCUAGACGUGAACAGUCCAACUGUGCCAACCACUCCACCCCAUCCACCGCCUUACGCGCCAGCGUUCCUGUUCGCCACCCACCCCCACCAACACCCUCUCCCACACACGCACGCCCAUCCACAUCCUCAUGCCCACGUCCAUCAUCCGUCUCCCGUGCCGCCGCCACCUGGCUAUUAUCACCCAGCGGCGCCACCUUAUCCGCCAACCGGUCCGACGUUCUUCGGUCAUCAUCUGACCGGCACACCUGUGACCGCCGCCGGACCGCCGCCCACCACGACGCCCACCUCGACCGGGCUGGCGUUAUCGACGCAUCCUCACACGCACACGCAUCCGCACGCGUAG